AUGCCUUAUGACUACGGGUCACUGAUGCAUUAUCACGCUGUGGCUCACGCUAUUCGAGUCUCCGAUUUCACCAUUGUCCCCAAGGAGUUGAAGUAUGUGACAACAAUGGGUACCGAGAAGAUGGCAUUUCUCGAUGCUAAAGUUAUCAACGAUAUAUACUGCCCAAGUUCGAUCUCUACGUCAUUGAAAGUCUCACAUUGUUAG